AUGGCUACGACGUCGUCGAUAAGCUUGGAAAUGCCCUUACGACGCCAUAUGCAGCGUGAUUUAGCACGUGUGCUAUUAGACCCUCCAUCAGGAGGUGUUGCUGCUUAUGUGCAGGAAUGUGUCCAUUCUACAACCAUUGGAGUGGAGGCGACUUUUAUCUUUUUAUUGCAAGUAAUUGAAGAACUGGACGAUGCAAUUCAAGAGUUUUUGACCACUUCAUCACAUCAUCAAGCACUAAAUCAUGAGAAUGAAGUGGAGUUAGGGACGUUACUGUCUGCUGCAUCAUUGACUGUUCGGUAUGUGACAGAGAGACAAGCUAUGAUACCAUUGUUGCAACGAUAUCGUGAUGCAUUCAAGAUAGUGCUGCAGUAUCCUGCAUGGACACACAAGUGCUAUUAUGGACUAAAAACUGUGGCAUUGAUGGGAUGCACACGAGUGCUUGAGUCCUUUGGGAACGAAGUUACGGCUAACGACGUGCUGAAACAGUUGAGAUGGUUAUUUCCGCUGUUUAAGGAUGCAAGUAUUCAACAUGAAGAGCUUGUGCAGCGAUUGAAUACGUUGUUGCGUCCGGCAUGCGAGUAUGUGGCUGUGGCAUUGGAAACGCACCCUAUCGCUCGAGAAGCUAUGUUCACUGAGGUACUUCCGCAACUUCUAGAGCUACUGAUGAUGAUUGAUGGAGACAAAUACGCGACAGUGGUGGCUGACGCAGUUAAGGUAGAGUUGGCCACGACUGCUGCAGUGCUCUUGGAAGCAAAGUAUCCGUACACGUCUUCAAACGCGUUCGCGCUGCUGUCGGUGCCCGAUUUUGUUGAGGAGAUUGAAGUAGAUGAAUCCAAGGUAUCGGCUAGUAGCUCGAUGUUUUCUGUAGCAGCUGACGUCAAGUCUGAUCGAAUGGAAACUAUUGGCGAGGAAGAAGAGAAGCCGUUGGCUACUGAUAUUGCGAAGCAAAUGGAAGAGAACUGCUGUAAGGUGCUCUGUUCUUGGCUGGAAAUAGACACUCGCAGAAUGGUGGCAGUACAAACACUCGCUGUAUUGUACCGGGCAAUUGCAAGCGACGCUGGGGCAGAUAGCGUAGCAAAAGGCUCGAUUUCACUUACAACGCCUCUUGACGUGAUGACGAAGGCGCUGAAUGAUACACACAUGACCGCACUUACUGAUUUCGAGUUCUACAAUGCUCUACUGGAGUCUAUCCGUGACAUUUGCCUUUUUCAGCAAAAGCUUGCUGCAUCUACGCUGGAAGAUACUUUCAAGGCCAUGAGUAUUGUAGUGCCGCGGCUGGAGGUCGCAUUAGCUUCUUUUCCUAGAAAGCAGUCGCCUGAGCGACGUAGCGCAAAAGGAGCAUGCUUCACAAUUCGAGGGACGCUUGUGGAGGCAUUCCUCUCUUGGCUCCACCACCCAGAUGCCUCCAGGUUGCUUACAUCUCAGGUGGACUUUUUGCACAAUGUGGCUGGCACUCUUGCUGAUCCACGCGUGUACGGUGACGUGCUGGCUAUAUUACGUGGGUCUACCGUUCUGGAGGCUAGGAAGGAGUAUGCAUCGGGCCGACAACUCGCUGUCGUGACGCUCUGCCAGGCCAUAAAUCAGCUGGACCGGUAUUCCAAGUCCACGGGAAACCGUAUUGUAUCAGGUCUCACUCGUAUAGCAGCGGCCUGUCGUGAGGAUAUUUACUCGCUUGCAAAUGAGCUCGUGCUUCCUUUACUUCCCUCAAUGCUCGAUGGGUCUCAGUGGGGAAAGUUUUUGCGACUUCGGACCGAAGCUGUGGCAACAGUAUUGGUUGGAUGUGCUGAAAACGAUGACUUCCAGACGGAAAGCCACACUUGGAUCAGUGACUUCAUUAGAUUCUUGCUAGACCCGGUUGUGUCUUCGGAGAAUGUGCAUUCUUUCAUGAUUGUAUGCGGAUUGAUCCGUGCUGAGCGCAAACUGCUCCUUCAUGUCGUGUCAUUUUGUAUGGCAAAUCCACACACGGUGAAGCAGACUUUGCAUGAACCGCUAACUCGAUGGCCACUCUAUGAAGAGGACGUCGAUCUUGUUGUAGUUACGCUUGAACUGCUGGAAGCGUUGUUAAGCGUUCAGUCUCUUCGAGCUACAGUUGAUGUAGACGUGAUAUAUGCGACUAUUUUGCAGCUUUCCGAGAACGCGGCAAGUGAAGGUUUGGAAGAAAUUCUGUGUGCGUGCAAGAAAGUCACGGAUUCAUUGGGAUCGCAUCUGUAA